AUGUCUCUGGAUAAAGAAGAGGUUCAUCAGAGGUUAAAAGCAGCUGUGCAUUACACUGUGGGCCGUCUGUGUCAGAAGACUGGACAGGAGCAUCAUAAAGAGUUCAGCAGACAAACCAUCGCAGCAAUAGCAGAGACCAGCUUCAGACAGUGUGAGAUCUUUGCGAGAGAUUUGGAAGCAUUUGCCAGACAUGCAAAAAGAACCACCGUUUCUGCAGAAGAUGUCAAACUCGUAGCUCGUCGCAGCACAGCACUCUCCAUGUACAUACAGAACAAGAGUGAAGAACUGAACCAGGAAAAGAAGAGUACUGGUAAAAGGAAGAGUAAAGACGCUGAGGAGAGCAGAGACCAAGGACUAUAG